AUGGAAUCCAUGUGGAAAAGUAUGGAAUCCAUGUGGGGGAAGUAUGGAAUCCAUCAGCCAUUCCAUGGAAUCCAUCCCCCAAAGUCAUGGAAUCCAUCCCCCACUCCAUGGAAUCCAUCUGGAAUUUGUGCAGUCCACCCCCAUUCCAUCCAUUCCAUAUGGAAUAACCCGGGGAGGGUAAAGUACUGGGAUGUGUUGAACACCGGCUUCCAGAAGAUCAAUGACAUCAUCGACCAACUUGCUAACAAGACAGGCCAUACACACGAGAACAUCAUCACGUUGUGGAAGCGCACCCAUGCACAUGAAUGUACAGGCUCAAUGUGGAAUAAAUACCAGAAAUACUUUCUAGCUAAUCAGGAGAAGGAACAUAGACGGAUUGGGGACUCAAGGGCAAAUUGCCAGACUUGCUGGGUUGGUUUUAAAGAACAUGAGCCCAGAUGGCAUGAGAUUCUUGAGGCCUACAACGAAGUCCUCGCCGCAUCGAAUGGUUACUCAACCAUCAGUCAACACAUGCGAAAGUUUGACAGGCUGGUCAGUCAGCUCAAAAGGGUCACAAACAAAGCAGCCAAACAAGACAGCUUUGAAUCCCUCUUUGUUUUGGUGGGAAAUUCGAUCCAUGAGGACAUCGGUCUCUCUCAAGUUCACCUUUUCGCAGGUGCAGAGGAGUUCUUGCAGGAGCGGCUUCACAUGGAUCAUGACAAGAUGAGUGGUCUAUUUAAGAACCACGUCUGCAACAGGAUUUCCCUGGGACUCCAAACAAGGCUCGAGACAGACCAGAAGAGCUCGGCAGAAAUUGCGAAAGGCGCUACUGUAAUUUGUAAAUGA